UCUGAAGGAGCAGAGUUUAUAGUGCCUAGCACUGAUGGCCCCAGACUAGCAAGCACCCAAAAGUCAACUCAACAGUAUCGCUGGGCGAUUGUUAAGACCUAUGCACACCUGGAGCUGCGCAUUAAUCCAGGACCUUUGUUGCGCCCAACAUUAUCUGGGAGCUAGUUUCCGGCGCUGCAGUAGUAGACGACUCUGAAUGCUGAAUCGCCUGAAAGGCAUACUACAGCGCGUCGCUAACCAUCUGGGCAUGACGGAAGUGCAAACCGUGGAGCCACAAGAGCCACAAGGUGCUGUUCCUGGCGCUCCAGAAACCGCAGCGGGGGCGUCCAACGCGACUGGCGCGGAGCCAACCCCGUCUCGCCGUUUGAAGCGCACCGCGAGUCCGUCGGACGAGAGCUCCGAGCAGAAGCGUGCAAGGACUGCACCUGCAACGCCUGUGCAUACAUCGUCCAAUGGGGCAGACGCGCCAGGCGACAAGGCUCAUGACGAGGGAGGGGCUGGUGUUGCCAGCACUGGGCCGCAGCGCUCGUCUGGCGCGGCCUCGGCCCCCGCCAGCCUAAACCGCCCUGCCGCCAGCCGACCGUCGGCAACCCCUGGCAAGAGCAGCCCUGGCCGUGCGCACGCCGGCGCAGGGCACGGGCAUUCGCCGCCAUACGGCAGCAACAAUCGUCACAGCAGCGCCGCUGGUCCCCAAGCUGUGCUGCAGCACGCCCAGCCGCAGCAUGCCACCGCUGAGCAGUCCAGUCUCUUCGCGCCGUUGCUACAGCGAACCGCCGCCGCAGCGGCCCCCCUCGGCCCCAACAGCAGCGCCACGACUGACAGCUACGGAGCAACUCCCAGCGGGGCCAGGCCCAGCACGAGCGGCGGCGGCGGUGGGGCUUCCGGCGGUGUCCGGCAUCACACACCGCAUCGCGCCAACCACCACCACGGCGCUUUGGAGGAGCAGGUUUUCUCCCCUGGCUUCCACCUGCCCCAGUCCACAGCCAGCGGCGGCCCCCACGGUGCAGCUAUAGGCGCCGGCGGCGACAGCACACCCAUGUCCCAUGGCGGCGGCGGCGGCUCGCCUGGCACGCAUCGCACACCCUUCAGCGAGGGCCGGCCAUCCCCGUCGAAGGCAGGCGACGAGGCUGGGGCCGACGCGGGCAUGGGCUCGCGGCUGGCGUCGCUGCUUGCGAUCCAGCCGGCGCCCGGCAUGGGGCAGGUGCACGCUAUUGACCUGAACGUCGUGGAUGCGGUGGCGGUGGACACCGACGACGACGAGUCGCAGCAGGCGGGGCCGGGGCCGGCGUCGGAGGCCGUCGCGGCUACGGCCUCCGCGGGAAAGGGAGCGCGUGGCAAGGCAGGUGGGAGGCCGCCCUCUGCCCGGACACGGAGGCAAGCGCGGGAACCACAGCAGGGUGCAGCGGCGGAGGAGGAUGCGGGAGCGGUGGAGCACGGGGACGCUGCUGCCGGGAAACAGGCCGCUGCAACCACCAGCAGCAUCAGUGGUGGCGCCAUUGCGGCUGUGGGUGAGGAGCUGAGCAGCAGCAGCGGUGGGGAGGGGCCGGGCGAGGAGGAGUACGGCGACGAGGAGGAGUAUGGUAAUGACGAGAAUGCACACCCGGGCCGGCACCACCAGAACGCACAGCUGUUGGCUGCAGGGCAGCAGCCGCAGGCCUACGACGCUGUGCUGGUCGCGUCGGCGCCCCGCGCGCUGGCGGCGGCGGUGUCGGCAGCGCUGCCCACCAGCACCCGGGCCGCGGCAGCAACGCCCGGCGGCGCCGACGCAGCUGGCGCGCACGGCGCCGGGAGCGGGGAGGAAGCGGGUGAAGACGAGGAGGAGGAGGACGAGGAGGAGUUCGUGGAGUUUGACCCACUGCUGUUUAUCAAGCAGCUCCCGCCGCUGGAGCAGUGUGUGCCGGCGCACCGCCCGGCGCUGCUGCCCAAGCAGACGCGGGCCAUGGCGCGGCGCAAGACGCUGGUGCUGGACCUGGAUGAGACUUUGGUGCACUCCAGCCUGGAAGCGGUGGACCGCUCCGACUUCAACUUCCCCGUCACCUUCAACGGCAUGGACCACACCGUGUACGUGCGGCAGCGGCCCCACCUACACGACUUCAUGGCGCGUGUGGCUGCGCUGUUCGAGGUGGUGGUGUUCACGGCCAGCCAGCGCAUCUACGCGGAGCGCCUGCUGGACAUUCUGGACCCGGGGCAGGCGCUGGUGCGGCACCGCAUCUACCGCGACAGCUGCGUGGUGGUGGACGGCAACUACCUCAAGGAUCUAUCGGUGCUGGGACGCGACCUGGCGCACACGGUCAUCGUUGACAACUCGCCGCAGGCGUUUGGAUUUCAGGUGGACAACGGCAUCCCCAUCGAGUCCUGGUACGACGACGACUCCGACACCGAGCUGCUCAAGCUGCUGCCUUUCCUGGAGUCCCUGGCGGCCUCGGAUGUGGACGACGUGCGGCCGCGCAUCCGGCAGCAGUUCCGGUUACAGGAGCUCAUAGACCGGUCUGGAUGAGCACCGUCUUUUUGGGUACCGCGCGAGGCCGCUACAGGGAUUUUAGGGCACUUUCACCCGGCGCUCUUAUUUCACACAUAGAAAUCUCGGCAACACGACGAGAACGGUGCGGAGGCGCAUGCCAUCCAGAACGGUGGGGGCACGGACGGCGGCGGCGGGGGGUGGAGAGGGCAGGACGGGGGUGCAGGAGAGAGGGGACGCAGUGGGCGUGCCUGAGGAUCAGGCGGGGCGACCUGCAACAGGAGGCAGGAGGAGCGGCGGCGGCAUGCACGCGUCGCACCCAUUCGGGUGACACCGCUUGGUUCUCGUAGGGGGCGUGUGUGUGUUUGGGGGGGGGGGGGGGGCUCAUAUGUGUUGUCACAUUAUGGAGAAAUGGCUCUCGGCUCUCUUAAGCGGCAUGUGCGGUAUGGACUUCGAGGAAAUCUACUGCUUAGAGUUGGCAGGAGGCCCAGGAUCACGUCACUUGUCAACCUUCACGCACUGCCACUUUAAACUCCACUGCACUGCCGGGGAUGUUAACUCACCAAUAUGGUGCAGCCCGCGUUGAUGACUUGUUGUUGCGUUGCUGACAGCAGACUACUAGACACGUGGCAUGUAUGGUAGCGUAGAUCCACGCACUGGGCUUCCCUGGGGUGAAUGUGGUAGCACGGAAGUGCAGAGGCGUGUGGCUUCGGGUCGAUGCUGCGGCCGGCUGAGAACAUGUCGUGGCUUUGUGUUGGACGUAAUGGACUUGACAUCCGUUGCAUGUGUGCCGCGUGUGUCUGUUUGCGUUUGCGUUUGCUCCUCGUGCUGAGCUCACAGUAUACCUGGUGCGGACCUGACGAUGCGUCCCAUAUGUACAUAUGACAAUGGCCGGGGGUAGCCUUGCUUGAGAGGUUUCAUGCACGUGAAAAUAUGUGGGCACGGGUGGGAGCCACACACAUCGGGACUACGCUUUCCUGCCCCUUGCCAUGUUCCAUCACGAAUGCACGUGAAAAUGCUGUAGCAGUCAUUUACAGCCUACGCUCGCCAGCGGACCGUCACUGUCCACCCGACCUGAGGCUCUCUCGCAUUCGUCGCGUUCCCACAGGGAGCAAUAUUGUGUUUGGUCUACGCCUCGACAGGUGAUUACCGGAGCGGUAAAAGAGGGCAUGUAAGCGACUUUUCAU